UAAUAUUCAAUGGGAUAAGUGGAUUCACCAAAUAUCCCGACGUUCCCUGAAGGGCGGGCGUCAAUAAGAAGGAGACGUGCCGUGGCCUCCCCUUUGAAACAAAGCGAAAAAAAAGGCAAUGGGAGCUGAACCCAAGCGAGAGGGUGUAAAGUGGGGUCGUGAGGAGCGCUUCGAAAGAGCCGCCACGGAAGAAGGUAGAGGCAAUUGAGAACCCAGCCCCAUCUGAGAAAAAGUCAAACUCUACAUGCAGUGAAAGUUUUCCUGGGACCUAGAAGUUGAAUGAAACGAAACCAGAAAAUACUGGAAACACAGCGAAUCGGGCAGCUUCAGUAGAAAGAAAAAGACUUUCAGGAAUGAAGACAGAUGUUUGCUGAAGAUUGCUUAAUUUAUUCAUCUGCAAAGAGGAAACUUCAAGUUGCAGAUUACAGUAUUUUCAUUUGUUGUCAUCACUUGAAUUCAUUAUAAAGUGCACUGGAGUUCUGUUAACUGGUGAUAGAAAAUGGCUUCAAUAGACCCAUACCAACACAUAAUAGUAGAACAUCAGGUUUCUCAUAGAUUAACCGUGUGCAUUCUACGAGCUAAAAAUGUGACCAAAGGAACUUUUGGUGAUCUACUUGACACUCCCGACCCUUACGUGGAACUGUUCAUCCCCACGGCACCAGAGGGCCGAAAACGGAGCAGAUAUCUCAACAAUGUUGUCAACCCUGAGUGGAAUGAGACGUUUGAAUUUCUUCUUGACCCAAACGAGAAGAAUAUUAUGGAGAUCACUUUAAUGGACGCAAAUUAUGUGAUGGAUGAAACCUUGGGCACUACCUCUUUUAAUAUCGGAGAGAAUAUUAAAGUGGGAGGAAAAAAGGAAUUUUCCUUUGACUUCAAUAAUGUGACUACAGUAUUUUUGGAGAUGUUCUUGGAAGUUUGUUCUUCAGUUGAUCUUCGAUUCAGCAUGGCACUGUGUGAUGAGGAGAAGUCAUUCAGGCAGAAGAGGAGGGAAAAUGUGAUGGAGGGAAUCAAGAAGCUCUUGGGCCCCGAGAAUUCCAUGAAUGCACCACAAUCAAUCCGGGAGGUGCCAACAAUAGCUAUUUUGGGUUCUGGAGGAGGAUUUAGAGCGAUGGUCGGUCUUUCAGGUGUAAUGAAGGCAUUGGUGGAAUCUGGAGUCUUUGACUGUGCAACUUACAUCGCAGGACUCUCUGGCUCUACUUGGUACAUGUCAAUGUUAUAUUCUCAUCCGGACUUUCCAAAAAAAGGACCUGGUGAAAUCAACAAAGAGCUGAUGGAAAAUGUCAGCCACAACCCAAUGUUUUUGCUGACUCCUCAGAAGGUUAGACGAUACGUUGAGGCCCUGUGGAAAAAGAAGAGUUCAGGACAGCCUGUCACUUUUACUGAUGUGUUUGGAAUGCUCAUUGGUGAAACACUGAUUCCAGAUAGAAUGAACUAUAGAAUGAGUGAGCUGAAAAACAAGAUCCACAAAGGGCAGUGCCCAAUGCCCUUAUUUACCUGUUUACAUGUAAAGCCCGAUGUCUCUGAACUCAUGUUUGCAGACUGGGUGGAAUUCACUCCGUACGAGAUUGGAAUGGCGAAGUAUGGAACAUUCAUGCACCCCAGCAUAUUUGGCAGCAAGUUCUUCAUGGGAACAGUGGUAAAGAGAUAUGAAGAGAACCCACUUCAUUUCCUGAUGGGUGUUUGGGGCAGUGCAUUUUCCAUACUGUUCAAUCGAGUGCUUGGAGUAAGCAGUUCCAACAACCAAGGCAGCACCACUAUGGAAGAAGAGCUAGCCCAAAUUCAAACCAAACAUUUAAUUGGAAACGACAGUUCAGACAGUGACGAUGAAUCACAAUCAAAAGAGGAGCGAUUUGGGAGUGAAGCAGCAGAGGCAGAAGAGGAGAGUCAGCAGAUUAACCAUGAUAGCUGGGUACAGAGGAUGGUGAAGACCCUGUUCAGUGACACUGCACUUUUCAACACACGGGAAGGCCGAGCCGGCAAGGUGCACAACUUUAUGCUGGGCCUUAACCUGAACACGUCAUUCCCACUGUCUCCCCUCGGUGACCUGAUGCCACCAGAACUGCUGGAGGAUGAUGAAGUAGAUGCUGCAGUCACAGAUCCAGAUGAGUUUGAAAGGAUCUAUGAGCCACUUGAUGUAAAAAGUAAGAAGAUCCAUGUGGUGGACAGUGGACUCACCUUCAACCUGCCAUAUCCACUAAUAUUGCGGCCUCAACGUGCCAUUGACCUCAUCAUCUCCUUUGAUUUUUCUGCCAGACCAAGUGACUCUAGCCCACCUUUUAAGGAGCUACUGCUUGCAGAAAAAUGGGCAAAAAUGAACAAGUUGGCGUUUCCUAAGAUUGACACCAAAGUAUUUGACCGAGAGGGAAUGAAGGAAUGUUACGUCUUCAAGCCCAAAAAUCCAAUGAUAGAGAGAGACUGCCCAACCAUCAUACACUUUGUUCUAGCAAAUAUCAAUUUCAGACAUUAUAAAGCUCCAGGUGUUAAACGCGAGAGUGAGAAGGAAAUGGAGGAUGCAGACUUUGACAUCUUCGAUGAUGCUGACACACCAUAUUCUACUUUCAACUUCCAAUAUCCCAAUAAGGCAUUUGCACAGCUCCAUGACCUAAUGGAAUUCAACACACUCAACAAUAUUGAGUUGAUUAAGGAUGCCAUAAUCGAGAGCAUCAAGUACAGGCAACAGAACCCAUCUCGCUGUUCUGUGUCCCUCAGCGAUGUGGAAUACAGAAGACUGAAAAAGUCACUUAGUUUUGAUGGGCUCCAGGCCAGGCGGAAGCGACAUGCUACAGACGAACAACAGAAGUAGAAGUUACAGUUAUCUACAGGAUUAAGGCAGGACUGAACAAACACCUGCAGUCAGAUCUCAUCUUCAAGACGCCAACCAUGUUGUGCCUUCAAUUGCCUUAAGGACUUUCUGUAAUCCUCCUCCUGCAUUAGGCAAAACAAAAUAAAAACAAAACAAAGAGAUAUUGUUUUAAAAGGGAGCAACUUUGUUGACGUUUGGCCACGGAAUGAAGAUCCACCUCAAAAACUGAAGAUUUUUACUAAAUGAUUCGAAGUCAUUCAUUUUAAUCCAUUUCUUUGAAUCCCGUGCUAUCCAGUAACACAGAUUAGAAUUGAUCAGAGAAGAAAAUAUGAUGAAUACAGCAAGGUGUUGUAUCUGCCCAGAUAUUGAAACACUGAAAUAGAUCUGUGUUUCUGCUUCCGUAAUUUAAGUGGCAUGGUCCCGUUUAAUAUCCAAACAGUAUCUGGCUGGAUCAUCGUGGAUCCAGAACAUUUCAUUUUGUUUCUGUGCAUUGCUGUGAGUAUCCCAUGGUUUGGUCUUGAUAUUCCAUUUUACAUUGUUGAACUAAGUUAUCCAAUCACUUACCAGCCUUGGAAAAGAACUCUAUCUUGGAUUUCCUUUUAGAAUUUGCAUGUAAACCCCUUUUCAUGGAGUUCUUCUAAUGUAAACUGGUGAUAGAAUUCUUCUGUCAAAGUAUUGGAGAUUGUACUUAAUAUUGCAAAAUGUUGCAAAUAUCUGAUUUUCUAAUCAUCUGUGGUUACAACAAAAUAUGAGCCUGUUUAUUUAAUAGUACUUCCCUGCUUUUAUUUUUCUCUUCCAUAGAUUGUCAGCAGUCAGGGAACAUCAUGCCCAAUGGUUCAAGUCUGAAGUAGUUUUCCUUUCUUUCCACAACUUGGCUUGACCAGCUGUUUUAUGGAUUUCAGCCCAUUGAGACCGAGUAAAAUUUGGUAUGCCUCAAAUGCAAUACGUGGUCCGGCUGCUCAAAAAUAUAACUACCAAGAUCUCAGAAGGAAUUUUUUAAGCCAAAUUUCUGUCCGUAAAACUAAAUAGCUAGCUAGUGCAGUUAAGUACAAUUUCUAAGGACAGAGUGACAUUUUAUUGUUUCUUGCUAAAAUUUCCAUCUGCCCACAUAGUUGACAAUGAUUUAGUGAUUUUAGAUAUCCCCAUAUGUCCGUAAUUAGCUGGGAUGUGUCUGUUCAAAAGUGGACAUACUGUAGAAGAAUUUAGAUCCUUGGUGAGAGGCUGAAAGAUCAGGAAGAUCAAGCUAGAAGUGUAUCCUCUCUCCAGAAAACAUUUCUUUGAAGCAGUAGCUUAAUUUUAUGACUGGCCAUUAGAGGAUCCUUAAACAAUUGUAGAAGGUCACUUUUUCUUAAAGUUAUUCGGUAUGUGUUGCCUAAGUGAAAGACAUGUUACAGUAAUGCAUAUCCUUAACAAAGCACUUAUUAGAUGGUGGUUAGAAUAUCGUGUUCAGUUCUGGGCAAGUUUUAGGAGCAUGGGGAGGAAAUAGAUCUACUUGAGAUGUUGUGGCAAAAGAAGAAUAAAUUUGAUGUAGACACAAGAGACUGCAGAAAGAAUCAUUCUAUAGUAGAGAUUCACAACAUUUUUCAUGUCAUGGACCCCCACCAUUAACCGAGGGGUCAGUUGGGAAUACCUGUUCUAAAGGAACUCCAAAAGAUUGUUUAUCCAGCAAAUUACUUGUUGCUAUAGAUUUGGAGGAGUUGUAACCUAUGUGGAUAGAGAGGAAAAGCAGAAAUAGAUUUUGAUGACAGAAGAUUCAACAACUAGUGGACACAUCUGACAUGUUUGGAAAAUGAACCAGAGAUAACACAAAGGAAUAUACUUUACAUGGAGAGUCCAAUUAGGAAUGCACAGACUGAAGGUGGAAUGGAUGGAAAUUUGGUUGAGAGUUUUAAAACAAAACUGAAUAAACAUUUGAUGAUAUGCAAGACUGGAGAAGUAGGAGCAGGGAAGUGGAAGUGAUCAGACAUUACUACAAAAUGUGUGAGGUUAUGAAAAUACGUUCCACUAUGUUCCUAUCAUUAACAUUAGCCUCAUUCCAUAUUGUCUCAUAUUACUGUGAUUGAAAUACAAGGAAUUGUUUUGGAGAGCUCCUCUUGCAUUUGCAUUAAGAUAUAUCCUAUCCAUACUGAAGGACAUCUCAAAAUGGAUGCAGCACAUUUUUUACCCUCUUGGGGCAUUGUUCUGUAAAAUGUAUAGGACAUUAAUUGGAAAUUUAGCCACUUUAUUCUUCUGUAUAUCCUUGGAUGUGGUGUGCUGUACUUAUCUCAAUGCAGGAAAAGUCACAUUGUCCCAGGUUGAUGAACAGAAAAUGUACCUUCAGGAUAUAUUCCAUCCAAAUCGUUUAAGUCUUGAGGACUGCUUACUAGGAAAAGUCAUUUUUUAACAUUUAUAUUCUAUCAUUUCAUACUUUUAUGGAUAAUCUUAAUAAGCUAAAUUUUAUGAAGUACAGUUGUUCUUUACAAGAUUUGGAUUCAGUGAUACAACUCCUUGAGUUUCGGUGAUGGAAAUUUAUAAGGAUUGAAUGAUGCACUGUAUUGAAGUGCUUUAAAUUUCCAUCUAAUUACAGUAUAUCCUUUAGAAUAGAAUUAUCGUAACACAUAAUCCGAUCUACUUUGUAUACAAAUAUCUCAAAAAUAAUGUGUUAUUGAGUGUUGAUUAAGUUUGGUUUGUUGACAAAAGAAAAAUAUUUAGGUUUACCACUUUCUGAUCAUGGAGAUUUUCAUCCUUGCUACCUGCCAGAACAUACCACCAAUCAUCAAAAACGUAGUCAUUCCUGCUUGAGAUUGCCACCCAGCACUCUGUAUGGUAACGUCCAAUAUUUAUGUGCGAUAUUCAUAAUCCCCAAGAACUGCAGAGCCUAAUAUACUGUACAGUAUACAGAGCUGAAUAUCUUAAGGCAGUUGCCCAAACUUAUUGACUAAGUGACUUAUUCUUGAUUACUCACUAGCAGAUUAAUUUUAGAAAAUGCAUAAAAUUGUCAUUGUUAUUUCGUUAGCAUGCCAGGUUAAGGGUAUGUCAACCUUCACUGAUGUCGAUGAACUGAGCAAAAUCAAAACGGCAGUAUUUAAGCAGAAAAUUUGUCAAUAAUUCAAAAUACAGUGCUUAAUGUGGCUGGGGAGUUAUUUUAGUUAAAUGAUGUAUUAAGUUUUAACAAGUGUGACUACCGAAAUACAAAAGUUACAGUACGUUGUAGUUUCUUGUACUUAUUCUAAAUGGUGUUGCUAUGGAAAUUCUUUAUAUUUAACUUUUUUAAAAAACACAUUCAAAUGGAAUAAUUUAAGUAAUUAAUGCUAUGUGCUAAUUUUAAUUUCUGUUUUGGAACAAAUUUUAUGGUAGUUUCAAAUGAUUUGAUAAUAUAGUUUGCAUGUUGUAGUUAAUUGAAACACUACUUUUGUUGGUAUGCAUUCAUUACUGGUCACAUCUCCACCCUAAGCUUUACUUACAACUUGCCUUGUUAUUCUAACACCACCAUCCUCCUCUGUCAAGCAGAACUGGUCCUCACACUCAACAAUUUCUCUUUCUGCUCCUCCCACUUGCCACAAACACAAGGUUGGCAACCUUUACCACUGAAAGAGCCAUAUGGACCCGUUUCCCACAGAAAAGAAAACACUGGGAGCCACAAAACCCGUUUGACAUUUAAAAUGAAAUAACACUGCAUACAACGGUUUUUUUUUUGCCUUUAUGCUAUGUAUAAACAAACUAUAAUGUGUUGCAUUUAUGAAAUUGAUGAACUCCUGCAGAGAAAACGAAAUUACAUUUCUGCAUGCAACAAAAACAUUUUGAACUCCGAAAAAAAGACGUUGGGUUGAAGGUUACUCCAUAGUUAGCCUACCUUGGAUCGAAGAAUUAAAAGAAAUCGCGCACUGGCAGGUGUCAGGCAUUGCCAGUGGUGACGUAUAUUAAUAGCGAUAAAAAAACACGAUGUAGCGGUGUGCUAAACGCAGCGCUAAAAUAACGACACGGAGUCGGUAAACUGCAGCCAAAGAUAACUUUAUUCGGACUAAACAGCCUUGUUUUAAAGCCUCCCUCAACCCGCCCCCCCCCCCCCCCCGUGGGCAUGGAUGCUCCAAAAGACACGUACUCACAAACACCCAUAGGCUAUCUCCCUUAGCCGGAACAGUGGCUAAUUGUGAGCCGGUUCGGAUGUGCCAGGAAAUGGGGUCGCCACAACGUUUUAUUUAGAUUGUACAAGAUCGCCAUAAUCUUCAAAUUUUGAAUUACAUUUCAAAAACUAACAAACUAACAUAAAAUACAUUUUAAUUAAAUACUCAUCAUUUAUUUUCGAAAACCACGGGGAGCCACAGCACAGAGAUGAAAGAGUCGCAUGCGGCUCCAGAGCCGCGGGUUGCCGACCCCUGAGUUAAUGGCAUCUGCAUGGGCCUCUGCCGAGGCUGCCUUUUUGUUGGCUAUGGGGAGCAGUUCAUCUUUCAAGCCUAUUGUGGUAAUGUUUCCCAACUCUUUCCAAUCUGCAGAUACAUUACUUCCUGCACCCAAGCAGAGCUCAUCAGUUUCAUUAACUUUGCCUCCAACUUCCACCCUGCCUUCAAAUUUACUUGGUCCAUCUCUGACACCUCUCUCUUCUGUUUCACAAUCUCUCUGCCUCCAUUUCUAGUGACAGAGUGUAUGCUGAUAUCUUUUAUAAACCUACUGACACUCAUGUAAGAAUGCUAUUCUUUUUCUCAAUUCCUCCGCCUCCAAUGCAUCUGCUGUUAGGAUGUGUUCUUGACAUAUUGGCCUUUGACUUCUCAGUAUAGAAGUUGGAAAUGUAUUUCACAUUACCCACCUUGAAGGUGAGGGAGAGGAAAGCAGUUUCAGCACGUGGUCUAUUAUAAAGAGAGUAGAAGGGUUCUGUCGGUCACUAAUAUUGGCAACAAAAAUUUAAAAUACUGAUUUCCUGAUUAAUUACUGUGAGUUGUUAAAGGUAUUUAAGACAGUUUUUCUAAUUGAAUAAACUGUUCCACUGAGCUUUAAAAAAAGAUACUCCAUUAAAAUUAAGUGAAAGUGUACAACUUAUAAAUAAAAAUUGAUUGAGUAGUGGUUGUCAUUAAAUUAUGAUUGUUUUGAAUUAAUGUCCUGUCAUUGGACUCAAUGUCAUUUUUAUAUAUGUGAAUUGUUAGUUGACCAUAAAAUUAAAUGUAGUUUCUUCAAAAUAA